ACACAUUUUGUCUUUUGAGUCUUGUGCUGAUGUCAAAAACCACUGCUUUUAGGGUGAUUUGGGGAAAAUCUGACUGUUUCUUACUGUACAGACAGUUUAUAUUACACUAACACCAAUAUUAAUAAUGUAAUUUAGGCCAAAUGGAUGUUUUUGUUCUUGAAGUCUGUAAAAACUGUCCAUUGAGACUCAUAAAAACUGUGGUAAGUGUAAAGUCUGUCAUGAACACAUCUGUCCCGUUUCAAAGUCCUAUAUUCCUUUGCCUGUGUUCAGUAUAGAACCAUAUCCUGAAGCUCCAUCAUAAACACGGCCCUUCCCCUUCUAAUAUCCGCCUGGUCCGGGUCCUACCUGUCCUCCACCUGGAUAAGUUUCCCUCCCGAUUGCGUCCGGAUCUCCGCAAAUCACAGCGCACCCCGGACUCUUGUGAAACCAAUUAGGGCGUGGCUUCCUUCCCAGAGCCCAAGGUGGAUGUCGGGAUAAAUACAAAGCUUAGUUGUGAGGAGAAGUUUCGGGAAGAACAGGAGGGAGGGGACUGAAGAGCGAAAGUGUAGGAAAUCCGACGCAGCGACCAUGAGCGACACCGAGGCGCAGAGCGCACCAGCCCCGGCACCGGUGGAGGACAAGCCGCAGCCGGAGAGGAAAGUUAUAGUCACUCUGGUCCAGGGGACGGUGAAGUGGUUCAACGUCCGUAACGGCUACGGCUUCAUCAACAGAAAUGACACCAAAGAAGAUGUGUUUGUUCAUCAGACGGCGAUCAAGAAAAACAAUCCGAGGAAAUUUCUGCGCAGUGUUGGCGACGGCGAGAUCGUAGAGUUCGACGUGGUCGAAGCGGCGAAGGGCUCAGAGGCAGCCAACGUGACCGGUCCAGGCGGCGUGCCGGUCAAAGGCAGUCGCUAUGCACCCAACAAACGCCGCUUCCGUCGGCGAUUCUUCCCUCGGCCCAGCGACCAGGCCAAAGCGGCCGACGGACAGGACGCUGCUGAGGGGGAGGGGCCUGUGGAGAACGAAUCCAGAGUCCAGCAGCGACGCCGUAAACCUCGGAGACCACGACCAGCCCCGGCAGAAGGCGAGUCUGGAGAUCAGAAGAGCGAAUCGGCAGAAGGCGAGCAGCGACCGCCGCGGCAUAGGAUCUGGCGUCCGUAUCGCAGAUCGUUCCGUCCUCGUCAGCCUUCAGAUCAGACCCAGGGCCCGUCAGCUCCAGACGACAACAAGGACCAGGUCGAGGUGAAGUCGACGGAUGCUGGUGAAGAACCACAGACAAAUGAAGAGGCCACCGACAGUCCGAAAGGCCGCCGCCCAUCCAGACGUCACAGGCAAAGAAACUCUGAGUCAUCUACUUCUAAAAACGAUACAGAAAAGGCAACAUCAGAACCUGAAACACCCCCUCAGACCUCAAAACCAGCUGACCCGAAACCCCCCACCAAAUCUCCAAAGACCUCUCCAAAAACGACCAAAUCACCUGCGCAGGCGGCCGCCACGGCAACGGAGUGACGCUACCCUGAGGACAGUCACAUGACCCUGGGCAAGAGGUCUGAGGGUCGACGACUGGACCUGUUUCAGAACAUGCACUGCUCUCCCCUCCCUGCACUCCCCCAUCCUCCAACCCACCACGGCCCACCGUCGUCCCACAUGACCCCCCUCCUCCUGAGCCCAGCCUCAGGAUGCUUGGGGAGGGAGGGGAGGGGUAGGACGAAGGGAGGGGCAGGUGGGAGGUGGGUGCAUAGUUAGAAAUAAAAAGUACAUCUUUAAAAGAAAAAUGGGAAAUAAUGGCCAAUCUGCUUGGUAGCCCAGUUAUUCCAACCCCUGUUUAGAACAAUUUUUCUUUAAUGGACAAGAUGGAAAACAUCGUUACUAGAGGAGCUGACCUUGAUUUUUUUAUUUGACUUUCUAAUUUGGUUGACGAGGGGAAAACCAAGCAGGUGUGAGGUUGGUGGUGGAUUAUGGGGGUCAGUUUAGUUCUGUUACCACCUCAAUCACUUAAAACACACAACACCUUCAUCCCUCCGUUGAGGAUGAAAUAAGAAACUUUAUUUCUUUUACGUUUUACUUAUUUGUGUGUGCUUUUUCUUUGGAGGGGAUUAUGUGCAAUGUUGAUACAUAAAUGUUAAUUAAUAAACCAUGUUUGCAAA